UUACGUUUCAUUUUAUUAAGAUAAAUCAUAACCAAGUUAGCUGCGCAUAAUCGGACAAGGGUGACGCUAACGCGGUAUUAUCCGUGAGUUUUAGGCAGCCUUCCUAUUAUUUACUGACAGACAGGUGACUUAAGCAGUUGUCGACUCCAAGAAGAUCUAAUAGCAUGUCGUCCUCUGCAAAAAAGCAGCUUACAAUUUCAAAAUUUUUUGCCCCUGUAAGAAAGAAAGGUGGGCCAGACUUUGAAACUGAUGAAGAUGUGGAAAUUAAAAAUAAACAUUCCAAUCAGGCAACUGCUCCUUUGAAGCGUACUAAAAGCAUUGAUAUUGCAAAUGUAGAUUUAUCACCCAAGAGCAAGAAAGCUAGAAAAAAUGAAGAGGAAAUUCAAAAGUCACCUGGAAUUGAAAAUAAUGAAAACCAGACCUGGACGAGCCUUUCUCCUACCAAACGUAAACUGGAAGCCUUUUCAGCUGGCUCUGGGAAGGGAGUGAAUAUGGAAGAAUCUGACCAAGAAGAGAUGCCAGUUAAUAUAAACAACGGUACAAGUACUUCGUCAGUGAAAAACAGACUGGAGGGCUUCAGAUCACCUAAAGCUAGUGAAGGCAGGACAAUCACCAGUCAGCCGAGUGAGAAUAGCAAUAAAGUUGGACAGAUGGAACCACUGCCUGGUAUGAAAUUGACUCCUUUAGAACAGCAGGUUGUUGCUAUAAAGAACAAAUAUCCUGAUACUCUUUUGUUCAUUGAAUGUGGAUAUAAAUACAGGUUUUUCGGGAAUGAUGCCGAAACUGCUGCUAAGGAACUGAAUAUUGUUGCUCAUCUUGACCAUAAUUUCAUGACAGCAAGUAUACCUACCCAUAGAUUGCAUGUUCAUGUUAGAAGACUAGUUGCUAAAGGUCAUAAAGUUGGAGUUGUGAAACAGACAGAGACAGCAGCAAUCAAGGCAGCUGGAAGCAACAAGAAUGCACCAUUCGUUCGUGAAUUAUCAGCCUUAUAUACACGCUCAACACUGAUUGGUGAAGAUGUUUCACCUUCAGGUGGUGUGAACGAAGUCACAGGUGACGAUAUGACAGAAAAUGUAACCAACAUGUUGCUGGUACUAAAGGAAGAUAAAAGUUCUGUGGGAAAGGAAAGCAUGACUUCAAUUUCCAUUGUGGCAAUCCAACCCAGUACUGGCGACAUUAUUUAUGAUACUUUUGAAGAUUCUUCAACCCGGUCAGAACUUUGGUGCCAUUUGGACCAUAUCCAGCCUGUGGAAGCUUUGAUAGCUGAGGAUACAUCAAGUCUCACUGUUCAGACAAUAACAGGAGCUUCAGUUAGAUCUGAAGAUCGCAUCAGGAUUGAACGACUCACCAAUGAAAAGUUUGAUUAUUCAGAUGCUCUGAGACGGGUCUGCGAAAUGUUUGAAGGAGAGGAAGGAAAAGUAAAACAUAUAACAUCACUCCCAUCAAGCGUUGUUGGCUGCAUAGGAGCUACCCUGGAGUACCUCAAGGAAUUUAAACUGGAUCGUAUUGUUAAAAUGGCUGGAACAAUCCAACCAUACAGCAUGAAGAAACAUUACAUGAGAUUGAGUGGAGCAACAGUGAGGAACUUAGAGGUCUUAUCCAAUGGAGCUGAUGGUGGAGUGAAAGGCAGUUUAUUCUGGGCUCUUGAUAAAACGCAGACAAAGUUUGGGUCCAGAUUACUUCGCCGCUGGAUAGUCCAACCAUUAUUACGCAUAGAAGAAAUUGAAGAAAGGCAGGAUAUGAUUGAAGAUAUUAUGAAUUCAGAUUCUCCUGUAUAUACAACACUCAAAAAUAUUCUGUAUAAACUUCCAGACUUUGAAAGAGCUCUCACAACUAUUUUUCAUAAAAAGUGUAGUCCCCAUGAAUUUUGGAUCGCAGUAAAUGGAUUAAGUCACGUGCAUGCAAAACUCUCAAGAGUUAGUGGUAACUUGACAGAUAUUGUACGUGUACCUGCCAUGAGGAAUUUGAUAGAAGAGGUUUUAGAUGGACUGUCAGAUAUUCAGGAGUAUGCAAGUAAUAUAAAUGAAUCAAGUGCCAAAGAGGGCAAAAAGACCACACUGUUUAAGAGCUUUUCACGCUUUCCAAAAGUCAUUCAGAAGCAAGGAGCAAUAAAACAAAUAGAAAAAGAACUUGAUGCUCUUAGGUCUGAUAUAUGUAAGGUUCUGCGACUACCAGGAUUCAAGUAUACAACAGUGUCCGGACUAGAAUACCUAGUUGAAGUGAAAAAUGCCCAGUUAAAAGCUGUUCCCAAGGACUGGAAUAAAAUAAAUACGACAAAAGCUUGCUGCAGAUUCAGACCACCUGAGGUAGAAAAAUUAUUUACAGAGUUACAAAUUCUUCGAGAAGAACUUCAGGCUGAAUGUCAUUCGGCAUGGCUCCAAGUGCUAGACUCCUUUUCUGAACACUAUCAGCAGCAUCGACAAGCUGUGAGAUUCCUGGCUACGAUUGAUGUCCUCAUUGCUUUAGCCAAUGUUGCCAAAUCUCAUGGAUUUUGUCGUCCUAAAAUUCAUGCAAGUGAUGGUGAAAAUUGUGGAUUUCUACAUAUUUCUGGUGGUAAACAUCCUGUAAUUAGCCAGCUUAAAUAUGGUGAAGAACAGUAUGUUUCAAAUGAUACUAAUCUAAAGGGUGAUGGUCAGCGAGUUAUGCUUGUGACAGGACCAAACAUGGGUGGAAAGUCUUGUUAUAUGAGGCAGGUAGCAUUAAUUGCACUAAUGUCUCAGAUUGGCAGUUACGUCCCUGCUGAUAGUGUGAAAAUGUCAAUUUUAGAUGCAAUAUAUACAAGAAUGGGAGCAGCUGAUGAGAUUUAUUCAGGAAGGAGUACUUUUAUGGUAGAGGUUGGAGAAACUGCUGAUAUAAUGCGUGAAGCUACAUCUCAUUCUCUUGUCAUCUUGGAUGAGCUUGGUCGUGGCACCUCGACCCAUGAUGGAGUAGCUAUUGCUAUGGCCUCACUUGAUUACUUCCUGAAUAAAGUUAAAUGUCUGACAAUCUUUGUCACUCACUACCUACCUCUAACGGAGUUUGAAGUCCUCUAUCCAGAGUGUGUGGGCAACUUCCACAUGGCUUUCUUAGUGAAUGAAGAAGAAUUAGAUGGAGUAGAGGUUGUGACAUUUUUGUAUCAACUAACAGCUGGAAGUGCCGGUCAGAGUUAUGGUUUGAAUGUAGCUCGUCUUGCAAAAAUCCCACCUCCUGUUUUGAAAAGAGCUUCUGAUAAAUCUAAGGAACUCGCAAAAAUAUGUGGGAUGAAAAGGAAAGGGAAGGAGAUAUUUAAGAAGUUUUUAAGUACCACAGAAUCUCCACGAAGUUUGGUGCAAGAGUUGAUUAGUGCUGAAAUUUGAGAUUAUAUACUGUUUAUAAAAAAAAAGUGUCAAGUUGACAGAUAGUGUGAGACCUAUACUGUUUAUAAUAAAAAGUGUCAAGUUGACAGUUAGUGUGAGACCUAAAGACUAUAAGAGUAUAUUUCAGCUAGACUUUCAUAUUGAUUGCAAGACUGCUUAAAUUCCCAGACAAUUAAUGUUUUAAUGUUUAGGACUUUAAACCAUAAGUACGAUUUGUUAUUACUCUUCUUCAUAAGUAUUUAACUCCAAUUUGACUGCAUGACACUUUUACUUAUUUGGCAAUGAUUGAUGUACUUUUUGGUAUUAUUUUUUAGUGAUGUGGAUUCCUGUGUCAAUUCAUAUAAGAUGCCUUUCAUGAUCCUUGAGUGGAAUUUUUAUAUCAUGUAAUUUAUAAUUUUUCCUGUCGUCUGCCAAUUAUUUUGAUACUUGAACAAUUUUCUUGAGUGGCAUUUUUAUAUUAUGUAAUUUAGAAUUUUUCCUGUCAUCUGUCAAUUAUUUUGUUACUCGAACAGUUUUGAACAAUACAGAGAUAAUUUUUAAUUACUAAUGAAAAUUACUGUGAACAGUAAAAUGAGACGCUUG